UAAUAACUUUGAAGCUGUAAUCACAUCACCAUAGUAUCAUAUUCAUUUGUUGACGAAAAUGGAACAAAAAGGCAAAAUUGGUGGUGAGGAUAUGAGAAAUGUAGAUGUUGUAAAUGAGGACAGGAUCAGUGAGUUGCCUGAAGAUUUGCUUCUCCAUAUAUUGUCUUCACUUCCAACAGAAGAUGCCAUAGCCACUAGUGUUUUGUCUAAGCGUUGGAGAUCUCUAUGGAAGUUGGUGCCAAAUCUCGAGUUUGAUUCUGAGUAUCAUCGUGAUUUCUCAGAGAAUGUUUGCAGAUCUUUGAACUUACAUGGGGCUCUGUUUCUAGAGAGUUUGCAUUUGAUGAUUAGAUAUUGGCGCGAGGCUUCGGAAUCGGAUAUAGCGAUGUGUAUUGGAAUUGCUUUUGAACACCAUCUGCGUAAAUUGGUACUCGAUUAUGACUUUCGGAAGCAAGGCUUAGAUAUAUUUCCGAGUAGUGUUUUGUGUACUUUGAAUAAUAGACUAGAGAUAUUGGAACUCUCAGGUUCAAUGAUUUUAGACCUUCCUUCUCCGGCUUGUUUCAAGUCCUUGAGAGAGCUGUACCUUUACUAUAUACACUUCGAAAACGACAAAUCUGUUCGCAACCUUUUAUGUGGCUGCCCUAGUCUUGAAGAUCUGAUCAUGCAUAGAUGUGGCAAUGUGAAGACCUUCACUGUUGCGGUGCCAUCGCUGCAAAGACUAACCAUAAAUGAUAGGUACACAGGAAGAGAUGGGAGAGGCUAUGUAAUAAAUGCUCCUUCUUUGAAAUACUUGAACCUUGAAGGGAUUUGUACGCGUGAGUUUUUCCUGAUUGAGAAUGCGCCAGAGCUGGUGGAGGCUAAGAUCGGUGUGUAUUCUGAAACAACCAAUGAGAACAUUCUGGAAACCCUAACUUCAGUCAGACGUCUUUCCUUAGACUUAUCACCCCUCAUGAUUAAGUAUCCUACUGGUAAAAACUUCUAUCAGCUUCUAUAUUUGGAGAUGUGUACUAAUGAACCAAAAGAGCGGUGGAAUCUUCUUUCGCUCAUGCUCGAUAGUUCUCCUAAAUUACAAAUCCUCAAGCUCUUCGACCUAUAUCACUAUUAUCUUCGCAAAGAUAGUCCGAGCGGCUGGGAAUGGAAUAAACCGAAAUGUGUACCAGAAUGUUUGUUGUUCCAUUUGGAGACAUUCAUGUGGACAGGAUACGAAUGGCAUCGAGAAGACGAGAGAGAAGUGGCUACGUACAUUCUAAAGAACGCAAGACACUUGAAGAAAGCAACUCUCUCCACAAAACCCAUCAGACCUACAGCGCUCAAGAAGCUGGAAAGGAGACGUGAGAUGCUCAACGACUUGGCUAAUGUGGUUAGGGCUUCACAUUCAUGUCACCUCGUGUGUGAAACUGAUGAUACGUACUAUACUAAUUUUGAUUUGUUUUGCCAAUUGCGAAAGCACAAUACAGUAAAACAUCUAUAAAUUAAUA